GAUAAGAAUGGAGCUGAUACGUGUCAUUCCCACGCCUUCCCCAUCAUUUCUGCCUUAUCUUCCCCCCACCUGCUUUCUCAUCCAGUCAUAUUCCCAUUUCACAGCUUUUCGAAAACUCUCUGUCUCCAUCGCCUCACCCUUCUUCCGUUUCUACACCGGCUUCCGAAGUGCGACACAGGAUGGGCGGCGGCGGCGGAGGUGGAGGUGUCCGUGGAAUUCUGUAUGAUUGCAGGCACGUCAGGUUCAUCCAGAUAAAAAUCGAAAUGAUCCAGCAACAGACUGGGAACGGACGUUGGGAGAAGGAAAAGAGAUAUGAAAACUGUCAAGAGUUUUGUUUUGCUUAUAGAACAGGCUUACCAGAGUCCAAUGGAUACAUAUAUAUCGACGCAAAUGGUGGCUUGAAUCAACAAAGAACAUCUGUAAUCUAA